AUGUCAGAUGGGUUAGGAUUAGUGCUACUUUUCCUCCGCGAAGUGGCAUACUCGUCACCGCAGGGCUGGACCGGCGUUGGAGUCCAUUUUGUUGGCAAUCUCCUCAGACAGGGGUUGGAUGCGUGCCGUUCGCUGCUGGUAGAUGAGCUCAACUGGAACCAGUUUGGGGGGGGUAGGGGAGGAAGUGACCGGCAGCGGUGGUACUGCCUGGUGACAGCCAAAUUGGCCGAGUUGCUGAACAGGCGCGGCAUCACUCUUGCAACGCGGCUGGAUGAGGAGUGUGGCGCGAGCUGUUCGACGGAGGGGGGUUGGAUGGCGAGGGCGGCGGCGGAGAGGGGCAACAACAACAACAACAGGCAGCGCCGACAGGUCGAUGCGAGCAGCUGA